AAUAGUCAAGGGCUAUAUCUUUUAACAGAAUAUAGCAGAAAAUGCUCAUUAAUAAGCGUCAUUGCCCAGUCUAACUGGAAGCCUGUGAAGAAGACAUGAAUCAAGUAACGUAGCGUGUAGAUGAAUAUUAAAUAAUUGACAGGAACAACAUAAAGGCAAGGGUCUACACCUAUAAAACUUGCAACUCAUGGUCCAAAUGUUGUAUUUACCUGUACCCAUCUAAAUUGGCCUAAUCCCAUUAUAUAGAACUUCCGCUACAAUUUCCGUUACAAUGAAGAAAGCCUGUAAUCAGUCAAGUCAACAUCUUUGUUUCAAAUUACUGUAACCGAAACAAACCAGAGAAGACAAUAACUCUGACUGAAAAUCUCGUAUAAAUACUGUAGUUUCAAAAAGACGGUGCACUUGUUUGUAGCGUUUGGUGUCCUGACUAUCGUGCUACUAUGUCUCCAGGUUUAAUAACUGCCGUGCUGAUGUUUGUCGGCAGUUGCUCACAAAUAGAGGGUUCAGAUGCAGUAACGGGAUUAGUAUGCCAAAGGAGUUAUAACGUCCAGGAAAAGGAAUUUGGGUUUGUAUACGAGUACUUUCACGAUGGCGACGAUGUCUCUUGCGCUUAUGAGUUCCGGGGUGAGGAAGGACAACGCGUUAUGUUGGCUGUCAGUCAUAUCGGUCUACUACCAAAACAACCAAGUGAUGACCAAUGUAUACCACAACUGACCAUUACAGAUGUGUCUCCCACGGGUGACGAAACGACAGCUAUAGUCAUUUGCGAUGAUAAUGACGCUAACGUGAAAGGAAGUUUUGUGUCUUCUGCAAACAUGGCUAAAGUUACGUUUACAGGUCCAUCUGACAACGGAAUACUUUUGCUUCAAUUUUGGUUUGUACAAGAUGUUAAAUUGAUUAAAAAAGAAGUUUUCAGCACGCCUGAACCACCUGAACCAACAAUAGAUGUAGGCCUACGACUCAAUACAUCAAACUCUGGCUGUUUGGAACAAAGCGAUGUAUUUUCAUUGGCUGGCAUAGAAGUUCAAUGCGACGAUGAUAAUUCCUUCCGACCGUUACAAUGUUCAAGAUGGGGUCAAGACCUCAGUCUAUCAAGGUGUAUUUGUGUUGAUAAGAUCACUGGCAAAACAAACGCACUGGAACCACCUUAUUGCCUUGAGUCACCUGAAAGCUUUCAUACAAGGUGUUUGCAAGAGCUUGCCGAGAUUCGUCAUGCCAUUAGCCUGAAGGAGUUUCGUAUCGUAUUCUACGAUUUUCAAACCUACCCACCGACAUGCGAUUCGGCGGGUAAUUACCUAAGAUUGCAAUGCAGGUACCCUUUGGAGUAAGUUUAAUUCUACACCAUUGUUUUAUCUUUUUUUUUUUUUUUUUUUUUGCUACUAAAUUGCCUAAUUCAUUGACCAAUCACAACGCUCUUAUAAACACAACAAAUAGCUGUUUAAAAGCUUGAAGCCUGUUUCCACUAGGAGAAUUUAUUCGCGCGAAUCGAAAGAGUCGGUUCGGUUCCUGAGCUGUGAUUGGUUGCGCACGUUUUCCGCUUCGCAAAAAGUAGGAACAGUUCGAGCUACCGAUUUCGAUGAAGCGAAAACUCCGAUAGAAAUGUGAAUACGCAUGUGCAUGAACCGACGCUUUCGACUCGCGCGAGGCUUUAUGAUUGGUCAAUGUUGGC